AUGAAGUGGGUUGGGUUUGAGAAUGGUGAGAUUGGAGAGGAGAAUCUUGGAUCUCUCGUUUUUGCCAGACUUGAAGUGAACAGUAAAAGGAAGGGCCAAUACAUCAAUAACCCAGGAAGUAUGAGUACAGGAGGAUCAACUCCUAUUAGUUCUAGUGCUGGAUCAGUUAAUACUGGUGCUAAUGUUGGAGAUGGAGGUAGUCAUGAAGAUUGUCAAAUAUAUGAUAAAACUCCAUUGUGGGCAUUUGUGAAGAAGAUUAGGAAGUCUGCAAGUGGAGGAGAUAUAGGAAAGAAGAGGAAAACAGUUGCUGGUUCUAGUUCCAUUGAGAAAGCCUUUCAAAACUCGGCUAGGGAAGAAUGUGAUGCUGAGAUUGCAAGGAUGUUCUACACCGGUGGUCUACCAUUCAAUUUGGCAAGAAAUCCACAUUACCGGAACUCUUAUAUUCGUGCUUCUACUCUCCCGGGAUAUGUUCCACCAGGUUACAAUGCCAUAAGGACUACACUUCUUGCAAAGGAAAAGAAGAAUAUCGAGAAACAUCUGCAACCACUCAAACUUUCAUGGAAGGAUAAAGGUGUGAGUAUAUGUAGUGAUGGUUGGUCCGAUGCACAAAGAAGACCAUUGAUUAAUGUGAUUGCUAUUUCUGAGAGUGGUCCGAUGAUGUUGAGAGCUGUAAAUUGUGAGGGAGAAUACAAGGACUCGGAAUUAAUUGCAAACUUGAUUAUUGAAUCCAUCAAAGAAGUUGGAUAUGAAAAUGUAGUGCAAGUGAUUACCGACAAUGCUCCCGUUUGUGCAAAAGCCGGUGCAGCGAUAGCAAGUAAGUAUCCUACUAUUUUUUGGACACCAUGUGUAGUUCACACAUUAAAUCUUGCUCUGAAGAAUAUUUGCACACCUUCUAAUUGCUUGAGCAAUAUAGACGUAUAUGACCCAUGUUCUUGGAUACAACCUAUUGCGGAGCAUGUUAUGUAUAUUAAGAACUUCAUAAUGAAUCAUGGAAUGAGAUUAGUUAUGUUCAAUGAUCAUUGCCCUUUGAAGUUGCUUUCGGUUGCUCCCACAAGGUUUGCAUCUACGAUUAUUAUGUUUAAGAGGUUUAAGGCAAUUAAGAAUGGUUUUGCAACAAAUGGUGAUUAG